AUGAAAGAGUUUUACCCCUCUUUGGACAAGAAGCUGGAAGUUGAUGACACAAAACUGAAAGCUCUGGAAAACUCCAUCAAGAAAAUUGUGGAAAGAAACAAAGAGCUUCUGCCAAGGCCAUGGGAAUUCUCAGAGACCAUCACUUUGGAUGAGAGUAAAAAGCCAGAGAAUGUCCAGAUCUCGGAGGACAAGACAGAGAUGUCGGUGAACCCUUCAAGCAAUAUCGGCCUUAGUAGUCAAUCCCCAUGGAACAGCAUGCAGGCAUCUCAGACAUUCGAUAAAGGCCUGCAUUACUGGGAUGUGGCUGUAGGAGACUGUGAGAGCUGGGCGGUGGGAGUGGUGGAACAAAGCUGGGCUAAACACAUCCAAACUCAAGCUAAGGGCGAGAAAAUGAAUUCAUGGAUUCUGGAGUGUGAUGGUGGUGAGCUCUCAGUGCUGCACAACAACGACUUCAGCAGGGUCAAGGAGAGCAACAUUCAAACCCUCGGUGUAUUUUUGGACUGCAAUAAAGGGCAACUGAAGUUCUACAGUGUCAGUACAGGCUUCAUUCUGCACUCAUUUUUGGCUCAGUUCAAGGGCUCCGUGUGUCCUGUUUUCAAAAUCUGUGCAGAGACAGACAGAAUGGCACACCUGAAGAUCUGCAACCUGAUUCACAUCGAUGAAUAUUAUGACAACAGCGACAUCUCCAUGCCCUCGGAGAUGUCAUCUGAGGAGAACAUGGAGUCAGCUUCUGACAUCUCAGAAGAA